CGCUGCCUGGAAGCAGCCGGCGCGCGAACGGCUUGGCUUCCACGUGCGAGCCCGCUCCGCCGCCCCGCCCUCUCCCCGGGCGCCUGGGCUCGGGGACUCGCGGUCCCCGGACGGUGCUCCGCUCCCUGCUGUGGCAGAAGCCGGGGCCAGGACGUCCACGCGCGAACGCCUGCCGCCGGAUCGCGAUCCAGUCCCCGCUGCCCGACGUGCAGAAAGCCGCGCGCCCAUGGAGAGCCUGGGCCGCUCGUGCCUGUGGCUGCGCCAGGAGCUGGCGCCCCCACGGCCCAGGCUGCUGCUCCUGGACUGCCGCAGCCGGGAGCUAUACGAGUCGGCGCGCAUCGGCGGGGCGCUCAGCGUGGCCCUGCCCGCGCUGCUGCUGCGCCGCCUAAGGAAGGGAAGUCUGUCCGUGCGCGCGCUCCUGCCUGGGCCACCGCUGCAGCCGCCCCCACCUGCCCCGGUGCUGCUGUAUGACCAGGGAGGAGGCCGUCGCCGGCGCGGAGAGGCCGAGGCCGAGGCUGAUGAGUGGGAGGCCGAGUCGGUGCUGGGCACCCUCCUCCAGAAGCUGCGGGAGGAAGGCUACCUGGCCUACUAUCUACAGGGUGGCUUCAGCAGGUUCCAGGCUGAGUGCCCGCACCUGUGUGAGACUAGCCUCAAUGGCUGUGCUGGCUCCAGCCUGGCCCCAGUGCCCAGUCCAGUGCCUGUGAUAGGACUGGGCGGUCUGUGCCUGGGCUCCGACUGUUCCGACGCAGAAUCUGAGGCUGACCGUGACUCCAUGAGCUGUGGCCUGGAUUCAGAGGGCGCCACACCCCCUCCAACUGGGCUACUGCCAUCCUUCCCGGUGCAGAUCCUGCCCAACCUCUACCUGGGCAGUGCCCGGGAUUCAGCCAACUUGGAGAGCCUUGCCAAGCUAGGCAUCCGCUACAUCCUCAAUGUCACCCCAAACCUCCCUAACCUCUUUGAGAAGAACGGUGACUUUCACUACAAGCAGAUCCCCAUCUCGGACCACUGGAGCCAGAACUUGUCUCAGUUCUUCCCAGAGGCCAUCGCGUUCAUUGAUGAGGCCUUGUCUCAGAACUGCGGGGUGCUCGUGCACUGCCUUGCGGGGGUCAGCCGCUCUGUCACGGUCACCGUGGCCUACCUCAUGCAGAAGCUCCACCUGUCACUCAACGACGCCUAUGACCUGGUCAAGAGGAAGAAGUCUAACAUCUCCCCCAACUUCAACUUCAUGGGGCAGCUGCUUGACUUCGAGCGCAGCCUGCAGCUGGAGGAGAGGCGUGCCCGGGGCCAGGGGAGUGGGGGGCAGGAGUCCACUGCCUCGGACCCACCCUCCUUCUUCACCACCCCCACCAGCGAUGGGGUAUUUGAGCUCGACCCUACAUAAGGCUCCGCAGGCCAAGCGGCUGGUCCCACACCCCCACACCCAGUAGGUGCUCUGACCACCCAUGUGGUUGGGGAGGGGAGGGAACUCAGUC